GUCACACGCUCAUGCAGAGCUAAUAUGUCCAGUUUGCCUCCAACAGCGCCAGCAUGGCGAAACUUCACUUUCUUCGACGAGGUUCCUAUAAAGGACGCCCAUGACUUGAACGCGUCUCCCGAAAUAUUCAAAACCGCCGCCGAAAUAUCAACAAUACUUGCCUCGUCUACUGGAGUUGUCGUGGCAGACAUAUAUGGCACGCUUCACAUCGUCAACAAAGAGUUUGAACCACAACGGACAUGGGCUGCGUAUGAAGGAGGAAGGGUGACGCAUAUGGCAGAGCGGCGCGGUAUUCUCGUUACGGUGGGGGAAGACGAAAGUGUUCGUGGACAAGUUUUAAAGAUCUGGGACCUCGAGAAGAAAGCAGCAACACCGCCGUUAUUACGUUCGACCAAGAUCCAGCUCACCAAACCUCACCCAGUUUGCACAAUUGCGCUUUCUGCUUCAUUGUCACACCUGGCUGUUGGCUUUGCCGAUGGGACUGUUCUACUCUAUCGACACAUCGACCAAUCUAUUAACAACAAUACUGCACUCUUGAAGCCCAAGACAAUCCACGAAUCUCCGACCGAACCUAUUACUGGGCUGGGCUUCUCCGAAUCCAAGUUUCUUUUUGUGGUCACCACAAAUCGUGUCCUCUCAUACCAAGUUUCGGGCUCAGGUAGUAGUAGCAGGGCUACUGUUGUUGAUGAAGUGGGCUGCGCGCUUGGCUGCGCGACGAUGGACUGGAGAGAGCACGCUGUAGUCGUUGCAAGGGAGGAGGCCAUCUACGUUUGCAAUGUCGAAAGUCGAGGCGCAUGUUACGCAUAUGAAGGGCACAAGUCAUUUGUACGCUCGCAUCUCAACUAUCUUGUUAUAAUUUCUCCCCCGACCACGCCUUCUGCCGCCGCAAUGCAUCGAACCGUCCGUAACUUUGCCUCACGGAAUGGCACUGACACCGAAAUAACCCGAGUUUCCGUCUUCGAUCCGGAAAACAAGAUUGUUGGGUACAGUAGUCCCUUCACGCAAGGAGUGCGAGACAUAAUUUCUAUACCUGAAUGGGGAGGCAUAUACAUACUAGGUAACGAUGGCAGUUUGAAACAAUUGCUUGAAAAGCCGUUUUCGGCCAAGCUCGAAAUGCUGUAUCGCAGCUCCAUGUUUCCCGUGGCGUUGAACCUCGCUAAGACUCAAGGUCUAGAAGAUUCCAGCGAGACAGUUGCGGAUAUUCACAAGCAAUAUGGUGACCACCUGUACAACAAGGGCAACUGGGACGCAGCGAUGGCCCAGUUCGUCAAAACCAUUGGAUGUGUUGCCCCAAGCUAUGUUAUUCGCAAGUUCCUCGAUGCCCAACGAAUUCACAACCUGGUGACAUAUCUGCAAGAAUUGCACUCCCUUGGUCGCGCCAACUCAGACCAUACAACCCUUCUCCUAAACGCGUAUACCAAACUCAAGGAUGUUUCUCGCUUGGAUGGAUUCAUCAAGACUGAAUCACGCCGCGUCACGUCUGCAAAUGGAGAAAAAACCGAGCUACCAUUCGAUUUGGACACCGCCAUUCGAGUCUGUCGACAAGCUGGCUACUUUUCCCAUGCUUCUUAUCUAGCCAAGAAAUACGAGCGGCACGAAGAGUACCUCCGGAUCCAGAUCGAAGACUCCCAAAAUUACGCGGAAGCUCUUGUCUAUUUCCGAGCACUUGGUGGUGAGGCAGCCGAAAGCAAUCUGGCGCGUUAUGGUCGUGCCAUGCUGGAGAGUCUUCCCGAGGAAACUACACAGCUUUUAAUUGAUCUCUGCACUCCCAGUGGGGUUGUGCUAGAGCCUGAAGAAGAGGUGCCUAACACAGCUGCCUCGACGAAAGCAUUGUUCUCUGCGGGGGCAAAUGGUCCAUCAUACCUCUCCUAUCUAGCAUUGAACCGCAACUCUGUGUCCAUUGAUCCUCCCCCACCGUCUCCAUCCAUCAAAACAGUAAAGCCGAGCGAUACAGCAUCCAGACGAGACUCCUUGCACGAGUCACGUGCAUCUACACCGCCACAUACCCCUUCUCCCCAAAUUUCUGGUGUUGCUCGUAAACCUCCUCCGCUCAAGCCUGCCCACAAAUUACUCUCUCCAAGAAUAUACUUUGCGCACUUUGUCGACCAUCUUGAUCAAUUUGUGGUGUUCCUCGAGACUGUUGCAGAACGACGAUGGGGACAAAGUGUCGAUGGAAUCGAGGAUCUAUCAGUCGCACCCGACUCAGAUUCACGAAAUUCAGAAAUGGAUGACGACAAGCCUGACCAGGUUGCAGUUUGGAAUACGCUAUUGGAGCUCUAUUUAACGUUACCCGACUCGACACCAGCCAAGACAGACGAAGAUGAGCCCAGCCUCUUGAAGCGCAAAGCGCUCCGGGUCUUGAAGAGCACGCAUCUACCGUACGACCCUACUCACGCACUCAUUCUCUGCUCGAGCCAUGGCUAUACGCGAGGAUUGGUUCUUCUGUGGGAGCGGAUGGGCAUGUAUGAAGAUGUCCUCAGGUUUCUUAUGGCCUCGUCUGAGCCAAAUGCAUCUGAUCAAGUUGUUCAACGGCUAACUUCGUACGGACAUGAGCGACCGCAUCUCUACCUCGUUGUGCUGCGCUAUCUUACUUCAACGCCAGCAUUGUUGACAAGACAUGAAAGCGACGUUCGUCGCGUUAUCGAGCAUAUCGACAAAGAGCACAUUGCAACGCCACUUGGCAUCGUCCAGAUUCUCUCUCGAAACGAAGUCGCCAGCGUCGGUUUGAUCAAGGAGUGGUUGAUAUCUCGCAUCCAGUCGGCCAGAAGCGAGAUCCAAAGUGACAAGGAAUGGACUACCUCUUACCGGCUGGAAACGACCACAAAGCUUAAACAAGUAGAGGACCUCUCCGACCCUGAGCAUCCUCGCGUGUUCAACGUGACUCGCUGCUCUGCUUGUGGUGGACAGCUUGACCUCCCUAGUGUGCAUUUCAUGUGCAACCACAGUUUCCAUCAACCACGGUGCAUUCAGGAAAGCGAGACCGAGUGUCCACUGUGUGUCCGUGAACACGGGGUCAUUCGAGAGAUUAGGCAGAACAACGAGAAACUGGCAGACCAGCACGACUUGUUCGUCUCAGAGGUUAAGGAAGGUGGCUUCGCCGCUGUGGCCGGUGCAUUUAGUAGAGCCCAAGCCCGCAAUCCCAUCGCUCUAAGGCUAUACAAGGUCCUUGGCACCAAUUUCGACGACGAAACUACGCGUGAAGCGUUGUACACGCUCUCUGAACUCUAUGCAACACCAGUGAAGGGCAAAGACGCGCCAGAGGAGGAACUAAAUGAGGAAGCAUUGACGGAAUGCGUGCCAGGCGAAUCGGCGGCGCGUGCUCGGAAGAAUUUACGACGAGACAUGGAGCAGAAACUGGCAGAGGGCAGUCAGCAAUUUCUGGCGACGUUUGCGGAGGUUGAUCAAAGAUUAGAAGAAUUGCAAUAUCAUGUUGCCGCUAUGCACGCUAGCUGUGAUGAGGCAGAGAACCAGCUGAGACUGACAAGUGAAGCCAGCGCGAUGUUGCUCGAACGCGCCGGUAGUCUGAGUGAGGAAAGGCAGGAGGUAGAAACCAAGAAAUCCAUCGUGUCAUUGUUCCUCGGUCGAUUUACUUUGAACACGGAAGAAGUGGAGGCCAUGACUUCUCGCGAUAUUCCUGUUGGAAAGCAAUUCUUCAAAGCUAUGGAUAAGACGGAGCGAAUACGAACGGAUUGCAGGGUUCUCAUGACUGGGGACGAGGAACCAACGAGGGCUGGUCUCGAUAUAAUGGCCGCGACUUCAUCUUAUCUGGAGCAAGCAUACGAGAAAAUAGUCCGAUGGAGUUCCUACGAGUUUCUUCAAAUGCGCGAUCUUCAUAUUGAAGUCAGUCCCAUCAUGCGCGAAACCAUUCGCCGUCUUCGGAAACGACCUGAGCUCCUAACCGAAGCUCUCGCGUCUCUAUCUGAAACCCGCCAGACAACACUCAUGUCCUCCUUUUUGACGGCUUUGACCCGUGGAGGACCAUCUGGCCUUCCCCGGCCGAUAGAAUUGCACGCACAUGAUCCGCUGCGGUAUGUUGGAGACAUGCUUGCUUGGGUACACCAAGCCAUUGCCGCUGAGCGAGAGUUCCUGGAGAGCCUGUUCGAUCUCCAAUCAGACGGACGUAUGGUGGGGAGCGUUCGUGUCUUUGCUGGCAAAAGUGAGGAGGAGGAGUGGAUCAAAGAGCUUAUGGACCAUGCUGUCGGAAAAUUGUGUGUACCUCUCAAGGUUCGAGUGCAACAAACAGUACGCUCCCAAGAAAGCAGCAUUAUUUCCUACAAGAUAGCCAACUUGUUGCAAUUUUACCUCCUCACCAUGCGACGAACCAUUGGUGAGGCGGCAUUGAUGUCAACAACACUCAGCGAGAUCACCGACGUCGCUUAUAAAGUAUUUUACGAUGCCAUUGAGGCCCAAGGUCGAACACUAUCGCGAGCGAUUCUGGACCUCGAUGACCCAUCUUUGUCUCCGCCGCUGCCCAUUUUGGACCAUGCACAGAUCUUACGCGAAAUUAUGAAUGUCUACGAUUCCUCGUUACUUGGAGACGAGGGCGAAGCAGAGCAGGCUGCAGGCUUCCGGAAAAUACUAGACAUUACUGUGGAUCCUCCUAUCGAAAUGAGCCUGAAGGGCAGCGAAGAGAAGAAGCGUCUGCGACCAAGAUGGGAUCGGGAUGUGUAUGUGCUGAAUUGCUUAAGCUACCUCCAGAGUGUCAUGGAACCAUUUUCUUUCACAGCCGAAAAACGGAGGUCGUUGCAGGACUUGGUCGAUGAGAGGGUGUCACAACUGACCGAGGAGCAUUACCAAAAUAUCAUGGGUGACGCUGGGCUGGCAGUGGUUUCAGAAACAUGUGCUAAACAUGACAAGAAGGCAAGUCUUUGUCCGCUUUUACCACCCUUCACUUUCGUUAUUGACCGUCUUCAGGAGCCACUGUCACGCAUUCCCGCCACCUUGCCUGCACAGAUCCAAGCAGCAUUACGGGCCUUCUCCGACUGGCUAUCAGGUCUCGAAGUCGUCCAGUCGCCCCGAUUGGCUCAACUGACUGCGCAACGACUACAUAUUCAAAUUCAUCAGGAGGCUUUGAGGCGAAUGGCGCAAUCGUAUGGAUUAAUAUGCGAACAAGUGAAGAGACCAGAAAAUAGGUACGAGGCAGCAGCGACCUUGCUGGGGAGCGAACGGCCGUUUGGCCAGAUCAAUUUGUUGUGGCAGAUAUUCGGGUUGGAGAAGGAUUAG